ACUGCCCCUACGACUCCAUUGAUCUGCUCCGGGAACGAGUACGACCCCCAAAGGACCCGAAAGAUCCGGCAAGUCGUGUCGGGCCAUCCGUCUUCAGCUCUCCCUCAGGCCUCUCUCCUCUUCUAGCGUGUCCGCACGUAAUAAAUUCUCCUCUUCCUCGGCGGAGACAUCGUGCGGAAUGUCGAUGGCGAGGUCGGUGUCCAGCCUGGCUUACCCGGAGAGAUUCUAUGCAGCCGCCUCCUACGUUGGAUUCAGCGGAUCUCCGAGCUCUUCCACCGCGGCUUUAUCCAAGUUCCAGAGCGACGUUGCCCUUCUCCUCUAUGGUCUAUACCAACAGGCUACUGUGGGACCUUGCAAUGUUUCUAAACCGAGAGCUUGGAAUCCGGUGGAGCACAGCAAGUGGACUAGUUGGCAUGGACUUGGAAACAUGGCUUCAAUAGAAGCAAUGCGUCUGUUUGUGAAAAUCUUGGAGGAGGAAGAUCCUGCUUGGUAUUCAAGGGUCCCAGAACCUACUGUGAAACCUAAUUCUGAAAUGCAUAAGCCAAAAGUGGAAUCAUCUGGUGAGACAGCUAUUCCUGACGGGACCUUUUUUCCUGAGCCUAAACAUAUUUCAACAGAAAAUGGGGGUCCUAUUGAGACCCAGGAUAAAGAUAUUAUAAUGGAAGGGCUUGGUGCUAUUGCUAUUUAUGAUAAAUGGGUUGCACCACCAAUUUCUGGACAACAACCAAAGCCUAGAUAUCAGCAUGGCGCAGCUGUUGUGAAGGAUAAGAUGUACAUUUUUGGUGGGAAUCACAAUGGCCGAUACCUCAAUGAUCUUCAGGUUCUCGAUUUGAAAAGUUUGAUGUGGUCAAAGAUAGACGCUAAAGUAGCAAAAGGGACCUCAGAAUCAUCAACACCAGCCCAUGUUGCUCCUCUUGCUGGGCAUUCCCUGAUUUCAUGGGAUGAUAAGAUUCUAUCCGUUGCUGGUCAUUCAAAAGAUCCAUCUGAGACUGUCACAGUUAAAGAAUUUGAUCCGCAGACUUUGACCUGGUCCAAUUUAAGGACUUAUGGGAAGCCACCGAUUUCUCGUGGAGGUCAAUCAGUGACCCUCGUUGGAACAACUUUAGUCAUGUUUGGCGGGGAAGAUGCUAAAAGAUCUCUAUUAAAUGAUCUGCACAUUCUUGACUUGGAAACCAUGACCUGGGAUGAUGUAGAUGCUAUAGGUACACCACCUUCUCCAAGGUCAGACCAUGCUGCUGCUUGCCAUGCUGAGCGGUACCUUCUUAUAUUUGGUGGGGGCUCUCAUGCUACAUGCUUUAAUGAUCUUCAUGUCCUUGACCUGCAAACUAUGGAAUGGUCAAGGCCAAACCAACAGGGUGUGACUCCUGGUCCGAGAGCUGGUCAUGCUGGAAUAAAAGUGGGGGAAAACUGGUUUAUUGUUGGGGGUGGUGAUAAUAAAAAUGGUAAUGGCGUUUCUGAAACUCUGGUUCUUCACAUGUCAACAUUAGUUUGGUCGGUUGUUACCUCUGUACAAGGGCGAGUACCUCUUGCCAGUGAGGGUCUAAGUGUGGUUUUGAGCACGUGCAAUGGGGAGGAUUAUCUUGUUUCAUUUGGAGGGUAUAAUGGGCGUUACAGCAAUGAGGUUUACGUUCUUAAGCCAAGCCACAAGUCAGAUCUGCAGUCCAAGAUAUUUGACAAGCCAACAUCAGAUAGUAUGGCUGCAGUUAUCCCAUCCACAAAUGUUGGCAGGGAUGUAGCACCCGAGUCUGAAGCAGCACAAGAUGGAAAGAUAACAGAGAUUAUGAUGGAUAAUGUUGAUUCAGGAAUUUUGCAUAUGAGAACUGAGGAGUCUGGUGAACGCAUCAUUGCAGCACUAGAGGCCGAGAAAGAAGAAUUGGAGGUUACUCUAAACAGAGAACAGUUGCAGAACAUCCAACGUAAGCAAGAGCUAGCUGAAGCAGAGACUAAGAAUGUGGAGAUUUCAAAGGAGCUUCAAUCUCUUCGUGGCCAACUUGCUGCUGAACAGUCGAGAUGUUUCAAACUCGAGGUUGAUCUAGCAGAGCUUCGGCAGAAGUUACAGAACAUGGAAACAUUGCAGAAGGAAGUGGAGCUACUUCAGAGGCAAAAGGCAGCCUCGGAGCAAGCAGCUCUGAGUGCAAGGCAGAGGCAAAACUCCGGUGGCGUUUGGGGCUGGCUUGCCGGAAAUCCAGCAGAAAAGUCUUCUGAUUACUCAUAAUCCCUUAACUCUUACCUUCUUCACAGGAUUCAUACAGGUUUAGCCCACAAUAUUGACAUUCCUUGUAUUAUUAGACUGUUUGUUAACGGCAAUAAAUCGUUGGAAUUUAUGAGCAUUUAUUGUUUUUAAAGUUUUCCUCAUUGGUAUAGGAGAUGUAUCAGUAUAUCACAAUGUUUUUUGGUUCUUUCUUCUUGUAUUAUUUCCUUGAUUCUCUUUUAAUUAUUAUAGUGUUUAUUUCACAGGACAGUGACAUUAUUUGUGAACUGUAACAUUUAUAGAUUUUUUUCUUCCUA